UUCGCGUGACACCGGGCUUACGUAAAAACACUUCGUAAAAUCUCGGCAACACGUAAACAGACUCUAAGCCAGGCUAUAGUUUCAGCUUAGCAUGGCUUGCCAAAAGAAUAACAACAACGCACCGUUGUUCUAUCAGAGCGUUGAAGAACUUUCAGAGGCGAUCGAAACGAAGAUUACCGGCAAUUUCCCGAGAUGGAUCAAAGGCACGCUGCUCCGAAAUGGCCCUGGAAAAUUUGAAAUUGGAAGCAGUUCCUACCGUCAUCUUUUUGACGGCUUAGCCAUGUUACAGCAGUUUGUGAUUGACAAUGGAAAUGUUACCUAUUUCAAUAAAUUUCUACGCAGUCAGACAUACAAGAAGAACAUGAAAGCCGGAAUGAUCGUCGACUCGGAAUUCGGAACUCUCGGUGUUCCUGAUCCUUGCAAGAACAUCUUUGCGCGAUGGUUUACCUAUUUCCUUCGUGGCGAAGAAUCCAGCGACAACGCUUUAAUCAAUUUUUGUUGCAUCAAAGGGAAGAUUUAUGCAAUAUCAGAAUUCCCAGUCGUCACAGAAAUCGAUUCCAGUAAUCUUGAAUGUCUUGACAGAGUAAACCUAUCUGAUGCAUUUGAAGGUACGAUUAAACGAUAUAUCAAUGCGACCGCUCACCCACAGGAAGAUGCUGACGGUUCUGUCUAUAACCUGGGACUUGGGUAUGACAAAGAGAAAGGCCUCGUAUACGUGAUAACAGUUUUACCAGCAAAUACUGAAGAUACGAAGAGCGAGCAAUCCCCUAGCGAAGGAAGAAUAGUCACAAGAAUACCAGCAUCACUCAAGUACUCGUACAGCCACAGUUUUGGUAUGACUCAGAAAUACUUCAUCGUCAUUCAACAACCUUUGACUGUGAAUGUGUUAAAGAUUGCAGUCUCGCGUUUCGUCGGAUGGAACAUUCUCGAUACUUUUUCGUGGAAUACAGAUGUUAGAGUGAAGUUUUUUGUAAUAUCUCGCGAGAGUGGCGAAGUCGUUCUUACCAUCGAAUCGGAGCCUUUUUUCUUCUUUCAUGUCGUAAAUGCGUAUGAUGAUGGUAACGAGAUUGCCCUUGAUAUUUGCUGUUACACAGAUGCUAAUUUAUUUGAUCAAUUGUAUCUGCACGAAAUUCGAAAAAAAACUGUUUCCUCAGGGAAAGGUUCCCCCUUGGCUCAAUUACGGAGAUAUCGCUUGCCCACAGAUUUAGAAGCAUCGGAAGCUACACUACAGAAACAACCGUCGGGAUUGGAUUACGAGAUCUUGUCUGACAUCUGCCUUGAUUUACCACGCAUUAACGAGAAGUACGCGAGAGUACGUCAUCGCUAUGUAUACGGUGCGUGUGGUUCAGACGACAGCGUAGAUGAUGUGUCGAUAUACAAGCUUGUUAAAGUUGAUGUUGAAACCAAAGAAAGUCUGAUUUGGAGUGAAGACCAAUGUAUGGUAUCAGAACCCGUGUUUAUUCCAGCCCCAGAUAGUCAAGAAGAAGAUGAUGGUGUGGUGAUGUCUUCUGUUUACGAUCCUGUCAAAGAUAACUCAUUUUUGUUAGUUCUUGAUGCCCGUUCGUUUACAGAGCUCGCUAGAGCAGUGGUACCAUUACGAUUUGCACCUUCCAUUCACGGACGUUUCUUUUCAUGAACCGAUCGUUUCUUUUCAUAAACCGAGGACAAAAUCUGUGUGAAGUUGUGUCUACAAAUGAAUACUGGUUUUAAUAAGGAAUCAAGUGCCUUCCUGAAUUUUUUCUUUAAUUACUAGUUUAUCUUAGCUGCAUGUAGGUUCCUCAAGUGAAAAGAUUCAUGCAGUAACGGUGGUCCCAAUUGUUACAAAAAUUGAUCCCAAUAGUCUUGAAUGCCUUAGUGAGCAAACCACUUGCUUUCCAAGAUAAUUCCACGAUAACCACAAUUUCUAUUGUUCCACUUAGUUGUAUUAAAUAACUGAUAUAUAAUUUACAUAAUGAUUAGAAAUUGGCCAAUUCAAAUCUAAGAAUUAGAAAAUUAAACGAGACUUACCUGGAAGUUGAAGUUUGAUUGAAAUUCUACGAGUCAUUGGUCAGGAGCGAAGAAGUCACGUGAGAGAUAGCGAUAUUAUCAGGUAGAACUAAUAUGACCUUGCAUGACGCCAGCACAGGUAGCUAGUAUUCGUAUAAUUCACGAUCGAGAAUUUUUAGCUGGAAACUAAGCAAAAUCACAACAAAAUAAGUGCAAAAACACACAAACAUUUAAUUCACUAAAAUUCG